CAUAUUGAYAAGUCCUCGUCGGACACGAAGAAAAAUGUUUCGUGUUGGUGGAAGUAGGCAAAUUUCUCGUCUCAAACAAACCUCGAAACCUCUAUCAAGUCCUAAGACGCCUUUGCAAAGUUGUACAAAUAAUACACAGAGCUCUCGUCAUGGUACAACUUCAAGGUAUUUUUCCUCUACGCCAGCGAAGAAUUCAUCAGGUUUGAAGAUAGCUGGAAGUAUUGCCUUGCUGACAGGAGGUGGUCUCGUAGGAGGAGCACUGCURUACAAUUARAARGAGGACUUCCGCAAGUUUGUCAAUCAYAGUUUGCCAAUUAUUGAAACUUUCAYCUUGGCUUUGGGACCAGCCASAAGUGAUGAUAACAAUAAGCAGAGUGAUGAGGAAAAAAGUCUUCUGAAACCAAAAAAAGUUGAUCUCAAGCCAAUCGUAGAAUCUAAAAAAUCUGAUGAAGAGAAAGUUAUAGAGAAGAAGAAAAAUGUAGCAUCUGUGUCAUCACUAGACCAAGCUGCUGUCUCAUCAGUUGACUUAGACAUUGCAACCAAAGUAGAAGAUGAAGUAAAGAUGACUAAAAAWGAAGCCCCASCYCUACCRCCUAAGGGUCCACCAAAACCCCCAGGGGGAGGGGGAGCAGCUAAAGAGUCUGUAGCCAGUUUUGUUUCUGUUGUGGAUCAGCCAGGGGUUUCUGCRGUUGAUCAAGAUAUWGCUAGAGCUGGUGAAACUAAAGUACAAAAACCUGUGAUUGAAGAGGUUGAUGUGUCAACUCUGACAAGUGAGCCUAUGAAUCCCCAUGCAAAAGAGGAAGUCAUUCAGUCUAUUCCUGUUGAUACAAGCUUAACUGAAAAAGAAAUAGAGCARAUGGUMGAUCAAACAGCCAUGGAAGUUCUAGUACAGGAAGCUUUGACUAUCUUGAAGCAAACCUGUGAAGAGGCUGUAAAUGCRCAGAAAAAGGCAACYAAGCUACUAUUAGAGCAUGUCAAUCAGUUAAGAAGUGCACUAGAGAAGGAGGAACAUGGUUCCAUGAAGGAUUUAAGCAAAACUAUUCUGAAAUCACAAAAGGAAGCAGAAGAUGCCAUCACUGCGGCCAAAGCGUCACAGAUCAAAGUUAAUCAAGAAGUAGAAAAAGUCCACAGUGUUGUCAAAGAAGCUGAAAAGUCUGGAGCCCAUGAAGCUGGGGUUAAAGCCUCCAAGGAAGCAGCUAGAGUUAGUUAUGAAGUAAUGAAUGCUGUAGCWGAGCUGCAGAAGGCCAAGGCUGAYGARAUCAUUCUUGGGGAACAUAAGAAGUUCCUUGAUGAAAGUAAAACUGUAUUGAAGAAAGAGUUGGAGGAGAUUUUGCCAAACGCUGUUAAAGAAACUAAGGGCAAGAAAGGAGCAAAAAGCGAAGAUGGAAAGUCUGAAGCUGUUUUACUAGCUUAUGCCCGCAAGAGACUUGAACUCUUGAAGCAGCAGUUAGCAACCCAACGAGAAGAAGAGCAAAAGAGACUCGAACAAAUCCUGAGUAUUCAACGCCAAGAAGAUGAAAAACUAGCUGACAUGAAAGUCAAACAAGAACUGGACAAAGUUAAAGCAGAGUUUGAAAUUACACUAAAGAAAAAGGAAUCUGAAUUAGCGUCUGAGCAUGAGACUGCCUUGAGACAACAACUACGUCGACAGGCCGCUGCAUACAGUGAUCAUCUUACAGAAGUACUGGGUGUACAGGCCAAUGAAUUACAGCAAAGAUACGACAAAGAAUUCAAUGAAAAACUAAUCAAAGAAAAGGAAACGUACGCCGGCAYACUCAAAAGUUCUCUGGCACGUCUGCGAGGCAUCGAAUCAGCCGUGGACAGCCGCGCAAGCAACGAAAAAUCAAACAAAAAAUCCCAAGAGAUAUGGCUAGCCUGUCAAGCCCUUCAAACAGCAAUUGAGAGUGGAAUCAAGGUUUUAAAGCCUCUUUACAACGAGGUCAGUGCCAUAGCUAGUGUUGCUGAAGGCGAUCCCGUCAUGAAUGACGUCAUAGGUGCUAUUCCUCAAGAGGCCUUAGAUAGGGGUAUAUACAGUGAGAAAAACCUCGCUGCUCGCUUCGCCGAUGUCAAAAAAAGCUGUCGACGAGUGGCCAUGAUUGGCGAUGACAACAAAGGCCCCUGGACUUAUUUCUUGUCYUACAUACAAUCUUUCUUCGUGUUUGACAAGUUUGAUCCUCGAGUUGAUGGUGAAACUGUGGACUUAGAAUCAAUAGACACUUUUGGACUCUUGGCGCGCGCCGAGUACUAUGUGCGGAAAGGGGACUUGGAACUAGCCGCCCGGUUUGUUAACCAAUUGAAGGGCGAGCCGCGAAAGCUUGCAUAUGAUUGGUUGAAAGAAGUUAGAUUGUUAUUGGAAACMAAGCAAGCUGCGAGAUUUCUUUCGUCGUAUGCAACAGCGGCAGGAAUGCAGGGAUAAUGCAAGUUCCUGUGUUCUGUUAUUAUACCGACUUCUAUUCUGUCGGUUUUUGAGAUAUGAUCACAACAAAGGCACAAUAUGCGAAUUUUCCGAUAUUUCUCCAAAGCGUUCCAGAUAUUUURCCGAUGUUUUUCCGAAAUUCAGGCUGUGGAUAGACGUUUUAGAUCUUUUCUCGUCUUAGUAAUACAUUUCCGGAUAUUUAUUGAAGUGAAAGGCUUGCAACGUAUACAACAGCCUGUCUAGCCUCUGUAGUUGUCUCUCSCUCGCUCGCAAUGCAUCAUUGCUUGUCGUUCUCCUUCCCUUGAUGCUUUUCGCACGCGAGAGAGAGGCAACUGGGGAUGAGUUUAUUGUCUCUGGAGAUUCAUCCUCAUUUCAUCUUUCCCGGAAAUAAAAAAUAGCUUUUUAAGCCCAGACAGAUGAAGUAGAGUCUUGUUUCGAGGAUAUUUGAUUUUGGUAGAGAGUGGCCUAUAUGAUAAGAAUGGGUAAAAUUAAGAUUGUUUAAAUUUUGUGUGAGCAAUAAUGGUGUAUUUACGGGACGUCUAAUAGCCUCUUUUAUUGGCUAUUUAGGAUUUAAAAGUUUGUGCUUCACAUAAAACUUGCUUGAUUAUUCUAUUGAUUUGGAUUGAACGAUUUUUGUAAUGAAAAUCAAGGAUAAUUGAAAUUUUCAGAAAAGUCUUGAUCUUUUUAUGUUGCCUUGCGACUUUGUUUAAAAAAUAUAAAAAAAAAAUGGAAUAAAUUGAUAUAAAAAUUA